CAGCCUGUAGGAGCAGUUCCACUUGGUGUGUCAGUAACUCGAAAAAAGGAGGAUGAAGCAUCAGUUGGAAGUGCACCUUUGGCAAGGCAGCAAUCAAAUCAAGCCUCUGAGUAUGCCAGCAGUCCUGUCAAAACAAAAACGGUAACAGAAUCUCGUCCUUUGUCGCUUCCUGUGAAAACCAUGCUGAACUCAUCUGAAAGCUGCAGAAGUCCUGAAGAAAGAAUGAAGGAAUUUAUUGGAAUAGUGUGGAAUGCAGUUAAGCGCCUUACACUUCAGCUUGAAGUUCAGUCUUGUUGUGUAUUCCUUCCGAAUGACAGCCUGCCUUCCCCAAGUACUAUUGUGUCGGGCGACAUUCCUGGGACUGUGCGAAGCUGGUACCACGGGCAGGCAAGUAUGCCUGGCACACUUGUCGUCUGCUUGCCCCAGAUAAAGAUUAUGAGUGCUGGACACAAGCACAUGGAACCAUUGCAGGAAAUCCCAUUUGUUGUGCUGAGACCCAUCUUGGAAGAAGGUGAUGCUUUUCCAUGGACUAUUAGUCUACAUCAUUUCAGUAUAUAUACUCUUCUUGGACAACAGAUGACACUUAAUUUAGUGGAACCAAUGGGCUGUACUUCUACUUUAGCUGUUACUUCACAGAAACUUCAUGCUUCGGGGCCAGAAUCCAGACACUCAUUUGUUGUCUGCCUCCAUGUCGACCUUGAGUCCCUUGAAAUAAAAUGCUCCAACCCUCAG